AUGCAAAUGUCGCUUUAUUUCAGCGCCAAGUGGAUCGCCUGUCUGUACGUAGAGUCUGAUGAGUCAGAUUGUGAUACAGAAAACAGUGCCUUAAGCACUGAGUCAGACUCCGAGGCACAAGUAUAUACACCAUAUUUAUUAGCCAAUUCGGAGAAUGUAGAACAACAACAACAAGGUGGUGAUAUGCGAAAUAAUUCAAGAAAAGAUUCUGUAAAUCCUAGUCGUAAUCGUCAGAGACCCUGUGGUAAAGGUCGGGGUUCAGCCAAUACAACUCCUGUGUUAUCUCAAUCUUCUCUAAAUUUACCUACUUGUGAUUCACAAAUGCAUCCAAUCGUCUGUCUACGUAGUUCUCGCAGAGGAAUUCUGUCUAGAAGGGCGCCUUAUGAUUCAAGAACGAGAUUACCUCCUGGAGUUUAUUAUUCACAUAAGGAAUUUCUGCGUAUGUGUAAUUCUACCCCAGAAGAGUGCACUAAAGAGAUGAACGAAUUGAAUGCUACAUUACUUGAUUUAUCCAAUCCAUUGGAGGAGCAAAUUAAAGAACUUGUUGAAAAGGAGAAGAAAGUACUUGACGGUAUUUGAGCUUUCAAACCUCCUGAAGUGCCAAUAGAUCCUAAUUGGAACCCGGUGGAUAUUCAAAUGCUCUCAUACUACGUCCUUGAACUGGGCCUCGAUUAUGAGGCGCUCGCUGAGUGUUUGUUCAAUAAAACACCAAGUAUGGUGGCGACAUAUGUGGAAAUGUACGGCCAACAACUUAACCUUUAUCAGUUAGCAACACUGAACACAUUACAAUCCCACUAAAAUGUUUUUUGCUAUUAUCAAUAGUAGUAAUUCAGAGCUGAAUAUGUGUAAAUAUUUCUUGUACA